GUGAAUCGGUUCUUUCGUUCACCAGAAAAACAAGUCAAAAUUUAAUCAUUUUUUCCUUUUUCAUUUCCUGAAAAUGUUCUACCGCUCCUCCUCGUGAACAUUCUUUAGCGCUCGUGGGGAAAAUGGAGUGUUGAAGCUACCAAAAAAACUAAAAGAGAAAAAAAAAUUGAAGUACAAAGAAUUAAAAAUAAAAAAAAAAUAAAAAUCUAAAUAUGAGUACCAAAUUAACGUGGAAGAGUGUCGUGUUCCUAUUUGUCGUCGCUGCUGCCACAAGUUCAUCGGAUAAUGAGCAUUAUCAGCCACCGCUCGAGUGUAACGAUCCAUAUGGUCGUCCGCAACGUUGCGUGCCCGAGUUCGAGAAUGCAGCGUACAAAGUGCACAUCGGCGCCACCAAUACAUGUGGCGAGGACGGUCCCACGGAUUUUUGCGUGCAAACGGGCUACGCGAAUCGCAAGAGUUGCGAGCAGUGCCAUCAGGGCGACCACACAUCGCAAUACCUCACGGAUAUCCAUGAUCCCCUGAAUCCCACAUGGUGGCAGUCCGAGACGAUGUUCGAGGGUAUCCAAAGUCCGAAUCAGGUCAAUUUGACAUUACAUUUAGGCAAGUCAUUUGACAUCACGUACAUUCGGUUGGUCUUCUAUUCGCCGCGUCCCGAAUCGUUUGCCAUCUACAAGAGAGUUACCGAAAAUGGACCAUGGAUACCAUAUCAGUAUUAUAGUGCAACGUGCCGUGAUACCUACGGACUACCAGAUACGGUUGCCAUUAAGCAGGGCGAGGAUGAGCAACGGGCUCUUUGCACGAGCGAGUACAGUGACAUUUCGCCGUUGCGCGAUGGAAAUAUCGCUUUUGCCACCUUGGAAGGACGUCCUUCUGCCUACAAUUUUGAUCACAGUCCCGAGUUGCAGCAAUGGGUAACUGCCACUGACAUCCUCAUCUCGUUAGAUCGCCUCAACACGUUCGGCGACGAAGUUUUCGGCGAUGCCGCUGUCUUGAAAUCCUACUUUUACGCCAUUGCCGAUAUCGCGGUGGGUGCUCGUUGCAAAUGCAAUGGUCACGCAUCGAAAUGCGUCGAAAGUACGGGCUUCAAUGGCGAACGAACGCGCGUUUGCGAGUGCAAGCACUUUACCGACGGACCGGACUGCGAAAAAUGUUUACCUUUCUACAAUGACGUGCCAUGGGGACGCGGAACAAUGAAAAAUGUACACGAAUGUAAACCUUGCAACUGCAACGGCUUCUCCCAAAAAUGCUAUUUCGACCGUGCUUUGUACAAUUUGACGGGCCACGGAGGUCAUUGCAUCGAUUGCGCCGCCAAUCGUGACGGUCCCAAUUGCGAACGUUGCAAGGAGAACUUCUACAUGCGUGACGACGGCUAUUGCAUUCACUGCGGAUGCGAUCCCGUUGGUUCCCGAUCACUUCAGUGCAAUUCCGAGGGCAAGUGUCAAUGCAAGCCAGGCGUGACGGGCGAAAAAUGCGAUCGUUGCGAAAGCGAUUUCUACAAUUUCGGUCCGCACGGAUGUCAAGCUUGCAAUUGUGACACUCGUGGAUCACUCGAUAACGUGCCUGCCUGUCAUCCCGACACCGGAAUUUGUUUCUGCAAGGAGAACGUGGAGGGACGUCAUUGUCGCGAAUGCAAACCCGGCUUCUUCAACCUCGAUUUGGACAAUAAAUUUGGAUGUACGCCGUGUUUCUGUUACGGACACACCUCGGAAUGUCAAUCGGCGCCGGGAUAUUCGAUCGUUUCAACCACUUCCAACUUCAAUAAGCAUCAGGAAAAAUGGAUGGCAGUCGAUCGUGACAAUCAUCCAGUCGAUUUGAAAUACAAUCGAUACAGCCAGAACAUCGGGGUGAGUGCUCAUGGCAAUAAUUUCAUCUAUUUCCUCGCACCGGAACGUUUCCUCGGCGAUCAACGUGCCUCCUACAAUCGCGUUUUGAAAUUCCGCUUGCAACUUGUCGGACAACAGCGACCUGACACAUCCCCCUAUGACGUCAUCUUAGAAGGCGCCGGCACGAAAAUCUCCUUGCCCAUCUUUUCGCAAGACAACAAACUGCCCGAUCAGCAAAUCCGCGAAUAUUCCUUCCGUUUGCACGAAAAUUCCGAAUAUUCGUGGCAACCGAGUCAAUCGGCGCGUGGUUUCAUGCAAAUUUUGAGCAAUUUGACGGCAAUCAAAAUUCGUGCCACGUAUUCGCACGAAGGCGAAGGUUUCAUCGAUGAAGUUGAGUUGCAAACGGCGCAUCGUGGCGCUGCGGGACGUCCUGCCUCGUGGAUCGAGCAAUGUACCUGUCCCGAAGGUUAUUUGGGACAAUUUUGCGAGUCAUGCGCUCCCGGGUAUCGUCAUAGUCCUCCAGGAGGUCCUUUUAUGCCUUGCAUCCCGUGCGAUUGUAACAAACAUGCGAGUAUUUGCGAUUCGGAGAGUGGGCGGUGCAUCUGUCAGCAUAACACGGCGGGCGACAAUUGCGGACAAUGUGCGAAGGGAUAUUACGGAAAUGCAUUGAGUGGAACGCCGUUUGAUUGUAAGAGAUGUCCUUGUCCCGAUAAUGGAGCUUGUUUGGAAAUGCCGGGAGGUGACGUUAUUUGUCUCGAAUGUCCUGUUGGAUAUGUUGGUUCUCGUUGCGAACUUUGCUCUGAUGGUUAUUAUGGUGAUCCAACUGGCGUCUCUGGAAAAGUUCAAGUUUGUCAGGCAUGCGAUUGUAAUGGAAAUGUUGAUCCAAAUGCUGUUGGUAACUGUAAUCGUACGACAGGAGAGUGCUUGAAGUGUAUUCACAACACUGCAGGACCUCAUUGCGGACAAUGUUUGCCAGGUCACUUUGGAGAUCCAUUUGCCUCUCCCCACGGUCAAUGCGAGCAAUGCAGAUGUUAUCGUCGUGGCACGGAACAAACUGAAGAUGGAGUUGACAUGUGCGAUCAAUUGUCUGGCAAUUGUAACUGCAAACCCAACGUAAUUGGUCGCGAUUGUAACGAAUGCAAGAACGGCUAUUGGAACAUUGCUUCCGGAAAUGGUUGCGAAAGUUGUAAUUGCGAUCCAGUUGGUUCCUUCAACUCGUCGUGCGACAUCUACACUGGGCAAUGUUAUUGCAAACCUGGCGUCACGGGCGACAAAUGCGACCAAUGUCAAGCGUACCAAUACGGAUUCUCGACGGAGGGCUGCAAACAAUGCGAUUGCGAUGCCAUCGGCUCAAAGGGACGUCAAUGCGACCAAAACGGGCAAUGUCCAUGUAACGAUAAUGUCGAAGGCUUACGUUGCGAUCGGUGCAAAGAGAAUACUUAUGAUCGUGAAAAGGGAUGCGUUGAUUGUCCAGAUUGCUAUAAUUUGGUUCAAGAUGCCGUAAAUGAACAUCGCGAGAAAUUAGACGCUCUUAAACGAACGUUGCAAGAUAUUGCCAAUAAUCCGACAGUCAGCGACGACGAGGAAUUCGAGUCGAAAUUGAAGGCAACCCAAGAAAAACUCGAUAUUUUGUUGGAUGACGCGAAAUCAGCAGCUGGCGGUGGCGAUUUGACUCUCGUUGAACGUGUCAAUGAGCUUCAUGAUAAAUUAUCGAACAUCCGUGACUUGUUGGAUAGCGCGGAUCAACUUCAACAAACCGCCAACGGAGAAACGGACAAAGCUAAUUCAAUCGCUGUUCAGCUGGAGAAGACUAUUUUGCAAGCCAACAAGGAAUUAACGGACGCUUUGGAAGUUCUUCAAACAGAUGGGCAUCAAGCACUUCAACGCGCAAAGGAACGUUCCGCCUCUUUGGACAACCAAUCCAAGGAAAUUAGCGAGAUUUCGCGUCAAGCACGUACCUAUGCCGAUAAACUUGAAGCGGAAGCCGAAACAGCAAAGGCAACUGCCCAAGAAGCCCUCGACAAGGCAACAAAAGCCUUCGAAGUCGCCAAAAACACGAAUAACUUGCAACAACAAAUCAACGCCGACAUCAAGCAAAAUAUCUCAACCGAGUUGAGUCAAUUGACACAAAAAUUGGAAACUGUCAAACGCAUCACCGAAGACUCCCUGGAGAAGGCAAAUGAAGUUUACGACGAUGCCCUGACCUUGUUCGCUAACAUCAACUCGUUAUCGGCUCCGGAAAUCGACACGAAACAAAUUAAGGAAGACGCGAAGCGAUUAAUUGAAGAAAGUGACCGAAUUCUGAAGGAAUUGGACGAAGUUGUGGACUCGCAUGACAAUUUGCUGAAGGAAGUUGCGGAAAAUAUCGAAUUGGCGAAGAUUUUGAUCGCAAGAGCGGAAGCACAAAAAGCAGAAGCAAUUGAGAUGUUAGAUGAUGUCAAAGUGUCACAUACGAAGGCUCUUGAGGCAGUUGAACGUGGAAGCAAGACUUUGAAGGAAGCGAACGAAACUUAUCACAUUCUUGCUGAAUUCCAAAAUAAGAUUAAACAAUCAUCCGAAAAUGCGCGCGUUGCAUUGGAACAAAUUGGAAACAUCGAGAAACAAAUCAGAGAUGCUGAAGUUUUGGUCGAUACUGCUGAACAAGCACUUGAUGGAGCGAAGAAUAAUGCCAACGAUGCUCGUAAAAAUGCUCAAGAGGCACAAGAGAAAUAUGCUGAACAAGCUUCAAUGGACGCCGAAAACAUUCGUCGCAAGGCAAACGAAACGAAAGUUGCCGCGCGUCUCCUUCGCAGUGAAGCUGAUAACUUGAAUGCACGUGUCGCCUCCACGGAGAUCCGCAUGAGCAACUUGGAAAAUGCCGCGAAAAAAGACGACGAACUCACGAAGGAAGCCAAGGACAAAGUUGGUCAAGCGAAUGCCGAUGCAGCAGAGGCCCAAAAGCAAGUUGAGAAGGCUUUGCGUGAAGUUAACGCCAUCACCGAAGAACUUGCCAGCUUACGAAAUAUCGAUGUUGAGGAUUUGAAUCGAUUAGAACAACAACUCGCCGCUGCCGAAGCCGAACUCCAACGUGCCAACUUGGAUGCCCGCUUGGAAUCCCUCACGGAGCUCAAGAACAAUCAAAAUUCGAUGAUCAAAAACUACAAAGACGACAUCCGGAUGUUGGAAGCUGAGGUCACGAAUAUUCGACUGAUUGCCGAGUCACUGCCCGAUGGAUGCUUCAAACGUGUGCGACUUGAACCCUAAAGGAAUUUUCGAUGUUUGUCUCUCUCUGCUGAUGCAUUUAAGCCAAUUUAAUAUUUUUUAUAAGUUAAGUACAAAAAAAAAACAGAAACAAAAAAAAAUAUGAAUCAGUGCCCAGUAACUAAAUUACAAAAAACUGCCAUAGAUGUGCCUUAAAAACGUUUCUCUCCCGAAAUGGCCAAAUAUUAAUAAAAAUGGAAUAUAAUUACUUACAAAUUUUACUUUUUUUUCUCCGAGACUUAAGUUAAAUAAAAUAAUGUACUUGAAAUUUAUGAUUAAUUUUUACGAUAUAUGAAGAUUAAAA